CCCCUCACCAGUUCCAUCACCAACCCCCUCACCAGCCCACUCACCAGCUCCCUCACCAACCUAUGCGCGCCCCAGCACCAGCACCAGCCCCAGCCCCAUAUGGAGCCCCCCAGCUCCGUAACAGUGCUGAUUUUGCCUAUGGGCCACCUCAGCCCAGCUACACUCCUCAGCCUCUCAGAGGGUACCCAGAGCAGCACUACCCGGGGAUGGGGCAAGGUCUGGCAUAUGGGAACCAGAACACCUGGAGACCCGAGCCUGCUCAUCCUGCUGCACUCUUCAGCCAGGGCUGUCACCCUCCAGGCCCAAAGAAGACCUACAUUACCGAUGUCCCUCCUGCCCUGGCACCUUCGACAGGCCCACAGUUCGGUUCUGGUCCUGUGGCCCAGCAGAAGGGUCCCGCCCCCAUGACCAGCCGGCCCGAGGAGGAGCUGGACCGUCUGACCAAGCGGAUGCUGUACGACAUGGAGCACCCCCCGUCCGAGGAAUACUUCGGACGCUGUGCCAGCUGUGGCGAGAAUGUGGUGGGCGAGGGCACCGGUUGCACCGCCAUGGACCAGGUGUUCCACGUGGACUGCUUCGUCUGCAUGACCUGUGGCACCAAGCUUCGCGGAAGGCCCUUCUAUGCUAUGGAGAAAAAGGCCUACUGCGAGCCCUGUUACAUUAACACCCUGGAGACGUGCCAUGUUUGUGCCCAGCCCAUCAUGGAGCGCAUUCUGCGUGCCACGGGCAAGGCUUACCACCCGCACUGCUUCAGCUGCGUGAUGUGCCACCGCAGUCUGGACGGCAUCCCCUUCACUGUGGAUGCCAGCAACCAGAUCCACUGCAUUGAGGACUUCCACAAGAAGUACGCCCCGCGCUGCUCCGUAUGCAAGGAGCCCAUCAUGCCAGCCCCUGGGCAGGAGGAGACCGUGCGCAUCGUGGCUCUAGACCGUGACUUCCACGUGCAGUGCUACCGCUGUGAGGACUGCGGCUCCCUGCUCUCCGAGGGCGACAAUCAGGGCUGUUACCCCCUGGACGGCCACGUCCUCUGCAAGAACUGCAACACCACGCGCAUCCAGGCCCUCACUGCCAAGGCCACCACCGACCUUUGAGGGCAUUCCGGUCCUGCCUGCACCCCAUAGCCCCCAGCAGCAGCCUGCACCGCAGCACUCCGCCCCGGACUGGCUAAUAAUCCCCCAACCUGAACCAUAUUACCUACACAGUGCUACUCUGCUACAUACCACAUAUCCUACACUGUCGCCCAGCAAUUCACCUCAAUAACCCUUGUGAUCCAAACCCACGUACCUUGCAGGGGCACGUCCCGCAGGUUGAGCUUCCAGCCAAUCACAUUUGAACACACACACACACACACACACACACACACACACACACACACACACACACAAACAAGACCACCUUCCUCUGUUCACUGAGCUCAGGCAGCACUUCGGCAGUCCAGACGUUAGGCCUCAGUGUGUGAGCAGGUACGCUAAUGUCUAACCGGCUAAUCUAUGCAGCUUUCCCAGCAGUCUGACCACGUAGCUUCCUGUCAGCGCUCAGGCCAUUUGACGUGACUGUCAACGCUUAAAUCCUUGUGUAUAAUUGGGCCGAUGGUCCAGGCCAAAUGCCACCCAAACUCAAAUGUUUGUGAGACGUGAGCUCCGUAGGUAUAACACGGGCGCGAGAAUGUCCAGAUUUUUCCAUCCGUUCACGGCCCAGAGAGUUUGGUCUCGGCUAUGCAGCAGUUUACUGAAAAAAGGGAUUGUGCAGUUUGAAUUCUCUUCACUUCAUAUGGCCCCUUUUAUUAUUGUUUAAUAUUAGCAAUGCUACAUAUUUUCCUAUUAGUAUUGGCUUCAUAUAAUGUAGGAGACUUGCACACUUAGAUUUAUGCAUAGCCAGUAAUUGCUUUACACAAUCAGCUGGAUUAAGCAGUAGGUUUGCACUUAGUUGAGUGAAGAUUAUCCUUCCUUCACAAAUAGUUCUUUUUUUUUGUUUAGGUAUCCAUUAAAACAUGGUCUUUUACCAGUUUGGUUGUGAGAUUGAUAUGCAGUAGUAUAAAAUAUAACUCAGUGACACAAGUCAUAGGUACUAAGGAAGGUUUAGCAGAAACAUGAGUGAAAUUAGUAAUAUUAAAUUUUUUCUUACAUUGUGUGACAAUCUAACAUGAAAUUGUCAUUACUUAUAAAUAUGAAAUCCAGAUAUUUGUUAUAUUUAAGGUUACUUAUUAACAUUGCUGGUGGGUACCUAGACCAGAAUCAUAGGGCUCAUUUUCCAGACUUUAUUCCUUCCCUGUUGCUUCCUCCCUUUCUCCAGAGAAGUCUUUAGUGAAAGCACAGUGCAUUAUCAGAAAAGUUGUUUAAAUAAUUGUUAAAUACUGCUCUAGUAAACACCUAUAUACUUAGCAUAGAUGCUGGCAAAGAGAGACAUCAGUGUGUACACUUAAGUCCAAAGACAGAACAUUUACCAAAGAUUGCACUUGAAAAGGUUUAUUGAAUAUGUAUAUAAGCAAUUUAUGACUCGGAAUAUGCAAGUGAGACUCGUGUGCUGCGCGUGUCGCAGCGGCGUCUGUGAAGCAGUCCGCCUUGGGGCCCCGUCGCUCACUUUCAGGCAUACCUGCAAAUUCACACUGCUUCGGACAGCUAUUUUAGCUGGAAAUAAAAAAUGUGCUGAGCUUUAGGCAACUAUGUUGAGAAAUCCUUUAUCUGUCACCUUUUUUUUUCUUCCUUGCUUUAUUUCUGAAUCCGUUUAUUCUUUCUCACUUUCUUGCCUUCUUUUUUACAUCGUAUUUAGUCCAAUGUGUUACCUCAUAUUUUUCAGAUCCUCUCUUAAACCAGCCCUGAACUCACACUUCCUGCGAGGUGCAGAUACCCCGUUAGCUAGGAAACACUAUACCGUAAUUCGCAGUUCACUUUAAAUGCCUUUUCGAAGUGCUGCAGCCGCGCUGAAAUUAUUUAACUGCACACUAUAGAAACGUUAACUUGAGAGAGAGAGAGAGAGAGAGCUAUUGUGACCCCAGAAAGGUAGAUUUCGGCGAAGAAUUCUGAAAAUCCACCCCAAAAAGGGGGUCCCCCUCUCAGCUUCCCCAGUAAUCACUAGUCAGGCGUGGUGCGUGGAUUUAAAUACUGCGCCAGAUGAACUCAGAUCGGCGUUUUCCCGAAGGAUCCGUGACUGGUGGGUUUAAUAUGAAAAUUACCUGUAGUGCACGGCAGGGAAUGCCUCGUGUCCCCUCAGGGAAACGCACAGCUUUCCUCCCCCCCCAUUCCCACUCAGUACUUUAAUAUUUUUAAACUCAUUUUACAAAGCAGCGCUCAGAGCAGUGCUGGCGUUCCCUACAACACGGUAAUGGUUUUCACAUUCCUUAUAAAUAACAAAAUAUUUAAAGAAAUUAUGCAAAUUUAUAUAAGGUAGUAUACCUUCUUUGUUUACUCACCUUCCUUUUAUUUCCAGUGUUAUUUAAAUGUGGCAAAGUAGCCAAGCAAAGUGCCUUUAGCCCAUGAAUGUUUUAGUGCUUAAUAUUCUUCUUAAGGGUAAUAGUAUCGUGGGACCACAUGCAACUUUAUAGUGCUGGGGAGAUUUAUUAUUAGAUAUGGCCUAUACUUUUUUUUUUGUUGACAGCGAUCAAUAGCUUAAUGUUUUUUGUUGUUUUUUUUUGGGGGUGGGGGAGGGGGGGGUGAUUUUUAUUGUCAUGUGUGUUGUGUUACAUCUGGAAACCGUUACUACUUCUCUGCACCAAGAGUGUGUGAAGUUAAGCUGCGUCUCUGAGGUGUCUUGUACCAUCACGUAUGAGUUAAUAUAAUCUGCCGGUGUGACGCUUUCAGAGGUAACCGUGACGCCACGGAAAAAUGAGAAAUUGCUUAUCGUAUUGUUACUAUUUCUAACCAUUUAUGGAAGUGCAGACAGCCCAUGUUCUGUGACUAAUCACGAUGCUGUAUUGAGAUUAUGACCAUAGAAAUAUUACACUAAUCUGUAUGAACUGUGGAAAAUGUUUCUAAUACCAUGUGUUAUUCUAUUAUGACGUCACAAGAUGUGGACGUUAAAGGUCUUAGGUCUUAAUCUAGUUUAAUGCGGAGGAGAUGUGAAGUGUAAUGUUCUCCUAGUUCUUAUUGGUUUUGAAUUCAGUAGACGUUUCUGAGGCAAGGGUGCCAUUCUGUUCUGUUAUACUACGCCACAGGUCAGGUGUAACGAGGUCAGGACAAUCCCGGAAUGCAAGACUUGUCUCUUAUCACCUGUCUGCUUCCAAGCAACCUACAUGCUGUCUUUUUAAGUCGUCGGCGUCCUAAGUCGGGCACAUUAUGCAAACUGUUUACUUUGGAUUCACCUCUCCUGCAUUAAUAAAUAAAAGCUUCAAAAUGGA